AUAGUAGGCCCCUAUAGGCCUAUCAUUUCUGAAAGCCGCUUGGUCAACCCUCGAUCGUGCAUGAAAACAGCUGUGUUCAUGUACAACAUUUCUCUCUUUUUUGUAACUUCCUGCCUAAGUCUGGUAACGUUGUCUGGAUGUCAAAUUCAUUCAAAUCCUUAAUUCUUCUGGCAUCAUUGUUAAAAUAAAAUUUGAGACGAUAAUGUUCGGACUUCAACUGUCAACUCGGUUUGUCUCUGUCUUCGAGUACACGGCCGAACUCGUUAUCUACGAAUCUGGAGUGGGGCGAAAUGGUUGUCUAAAUAUUAACCUCAUUUCCAAAAAUAUUGUCAGACGUGAAUGGAUAGUAAACUAAAUAUUUUUUCAAAAGCAAAUAUUCAUAUUUCUUAUUCAAAAAUAAAGGUUAAAAAUCAACAACUUACCGACAAUAUAAAAAAUAUUACUUCCUAGCACGUAAAAUCGCGAUAGGAGAUUUCCUACAAUUUUUGGAGACGAGUUUGCUAGUUUAGAUCACUGUCAAGAUGGCGGAUGGCGUGGACAUCGAUUUGUAUGCUGAUGAUGUUGACCAAGAAUUUAGCCAGGAGGCAGAGCAGUAUAACUCUAGCUCUGGCGGUGUAGAUCUCUAUGAUGAUGUCAUAACAGCACCUUCAGACGGAAGCGGCAAGUCUCAAAAUGUGUCUGGUGGAGGUGACGCUUCAAAAGCCCGUCGUCAUUCCAGCGAUCAGCAUUCCGGUGGUCAGCCACCAUACUCUGGUAAGAGGGUAUCCCUCUAUGUUGGCAAUCUUACAUGGUGGACCACCGACAACGACCUGAAGCAAGCGGUCAACGAACUCGGCGUGAAGGAUCUUCAGGAUAUUAAAUUCUUUGAGAAUCGGGCAAACGGACAGUCGAAGGGAUUUGCUGCUGUACACGUUGGCUCGGACAACUCCUACAGACUCCUCAUGCACAACCUUGGAAAGAAAGAAAUUCAUGGUCAGCUCCCGAUGGUCACUCCUCACAACAAACAGAGCUUUGGUCAGUUUGACCAGGCUUCAAAGAAAGCCCAAGGAGGACAAGGGGAUGGCAGAGACAACCGUGACAAUCGCGAUAAUCGUGAAUACCGCAACCGUGAUGAUCGUUACCAGGAUAGAGAUAGGCGUGGUGGGAAUAAUUACGGAGGUCCAAACAACAACCAAGGCCCGCCUCCGAGGUUCCAGAACCAGGGACCGCCUCAAGGACCACCUCAUAUGAAUCAAGGACCACCCCCUAUGAAUCAAGGACCGCCUCCUCCAAUGAAUCAAGGACCGCCUCCAAUGAAUCAAGGCCCUCCAAUGAAUCAAGGCCCUCCAAUGAAUCAAGGCCCUCCAAUGAAUCAAGGCCCCCCUCCAAUGAAUCAAGGCCCUCCAAUGAAUCAAGGCCCUCCAAUGAAUCAAGGCCCUCCAAUGAAUCAAGGCCCCCCUCCAAUGAAUCAGGGACCGCCUCCAAUGAAUCAAGGACCUCCCCCAAUGAACCAAGGACCACCCCCAAUGAACCAAGGACCACCCCCAAUGCAAGGCCCACCUCCAAUGCAAGGUCCUCCUCCCAUGAAUCAGGGUCCACGCGGACCACAAGGACCUCCUCAGGGACCACCUCAAGGACCGCCACCGCCCAGAGGAAUGCCUCCACCCAAUCAAGGACCCCCUCCCAUGCAGGGACCUCCUCGUCCAGGCGGACCUCCUCCACGUGGCCCUCCUCCUGGUGGACCUCCCCCAGGGAUGCCACCUCCAGGCAUGCAGGGACCUCCUCCACGUGGUCCACCUCCCCCAGGUGGGCCCAGAGGCCUCCCUCCCCCUAUGCGUGGGCCACCACCUCCCAACAUGGAUAAAGGACCGCCUCCUAUGGGGCCACCAGGUGGACCACCUCGAAUGCAGGGCCCUCCACCGCCCCACCCCGGUGGUCCCCCACCACCCCAUCAAGGCCCUCCUCCACCCCACGGGGGCCCUCCACCUCCCCACGGUGGACCUCCCCAUGGUGGACCUCCUCCACGUGGCCCCCCUCCUGGACCCGCCCCAAGACCAGGACCCCCUCCACCUCACAUGGGUGGUCCUCCUCCUCCCAUGUCAGGCCCAGGUGGACCGCCUCCUCCCAACAGAGGCCCGCCCCCUCCCAUGCAGGGACCACCCCCUACAAUGCAAGGACCGCCUCCAAAUCAAAAUAUGAUGCAAGGACCACCAAGAGGACCUCCUCCUCCACAGGGAGUCCCACCUCCACAUCGCCCUCCCGUCUCUGGACCGCCUCCAAACAUGGGACCCCCUCCAAUGCAGGCUCCACCCCAGAACAUGGCUCCUCCACCCAUGCAGGCUCCUCCCCCUCAAAACAUGGCUCCUCCCCCUCAAAAUAUGGCCCCUCCCCCUCAAAACAUGCAAGGGCCUCCUCCUAACAUGAACAGACCGCCUCCACCACACAGCAUGAGUGGUCCCCCACCAGGUAUGGUGGCCCCGCCCCACAACUCCAUGGUAGGACCGCCCCCAGUUGCACCUGUUCAACAGCCACAUGUACAGCAGACGAUGCCUCAACCUCAGCAGGUCCAGCCUCCGGUCUCUGGCGCACCCCCGGCUCUCCAUGUAAACCCCGCCUUCUUCCCUGGUCAGACGCAGGUACAACCCCAGCAAGCUCCGCCCCAACAACAAGACAGAUCAAUGUAUGAUCCGUCAAGACAAGCGUACAACCAACAAGAAUACAGACCACCUACAGAACCUGACAGGCAACCAUCUCCAGCUCCUCAGUUGAGCGAGGCAGAGUUUGAAGAGAUCAUGAACAGGAAUCGUAAUGUGUCGUCUAGCGCCAUCGCCAGGGCAGUCAACGAUGCAUCGUCAGGUUCAUUCACCAGUGCUAUAGACACCUUAGAGACUGCCAUCUCGCUAAUCAAGAGGUCAAAGGUCGCCAAUGAUGACCGAUGUAAGCUUCUCAUUAGCUCUCUACAGGAUUGUCUUCACGGAAUCGAGACCAAGUCCUAUGGUGGCUCGUCAGGAUCAAGUUCCCGGUCACGCAAGGACAGGAGUUCCAGAGAGCGUGACCCCGAGAGCCGCCACAGGUCACGUGAAUCCCGUAGCUCAAGACACAAACGCGAAAGAUCUCGCAGUCGGGACAGGGAAUACCGAGAGCGUAGCCGGGAGAGGGAGUACAGCGACAGAGAGCGUGGGGAUCGUCAUCGUGAUCGAGAUCGCGACCGUGACAGGGAGUACCGAAGACGUUAAGCGCUGCUCCGAGAAGAGUCGUUGAAUUUGUAAGUAAACGUUUUUCUUAGUGGUGUCUUAAGAUGGUUGACACUGGUUUGCUUAUGACUGUCGAGUCUGAAAAUUUCUCUCAAUUAUUUGAUAAUUUACGAGUUGGUCAGGAUUUUCAGAAAGUUUUUCGGAACAUUAGUCAAAAUAAGAUGAGAUGGCAGCGAAAUGCUUCUGAAAGACAUGAGAAAAAUCUAUCCAAUCCUAAAGAUAUUUGAUAAAAACACUUUUCCGUGUGGAACUAUCUUUCAAUAUGUCUGAACCACUGGAAACAAAAGCUAACCACAGCCCCAAGACUUAUAACCAUGCCAUCUCAAACCUACCAUUAUACCACGUCUGACUUGCAAAAUGCCCACACUGACAAAAUCAGUGUAAUGAAAAGAAAAAAAAGGUACAAAAUCUGUACAAUUGGGGUAUUUUCAAACCGUCUCUGAAUCAUAAUAACCUAUUGUCAUGGAAACGACUCAACAUGAAGAAGUGAACCAUUGCCAAUGCCAGCCAUACUGGAUAUCAGUAAUUAUGAUCAUUGUAUAUUCCACGUCUAACUCCAAGCAUUUCAUUUUCAGAUGCGCAAAUUGGUAAGUACCCUACUGAUGUAAUAAAAUCUUAGUAAAUUUUUUAAAAAUGGAGAUGUUUGCUGUUUCUUUGCAAGUUUUUCUCAAGUUUUCUAGCUAGAUGACGACUCCAAACGAGGAAUGAUCCAAGCAAAGCGUGCUUGACUGUGAUGGGAGCUCCCAAGUCUUUUGAGGGUUGGGUAAGUAAAUUUCGGUAAGUGAAAUUAUUUUUAUAAUAUUUGCUACUUUAUUUUUAUUUUUUUCUUUGAAUAAUAAUAAAUUAUAUAUUUUCGUACUUAAAACUACUCCUUCACUGGCAGGGGAAGUGAAUUGAUAUUUAAUUGAAUUUUGAUAAUUUAUUGAUUAAACAUUCUUUUUUGAAUUUAUUCAUUGUGUUUAAUAGUUGCUACUAAUUUAUUUUAAGAAUGAUUCUAUUGUUUUUUUUUCUAAAUCAAGGUUUCAUUUGUUAUAUAAUGAAUCACAGUAGAUUGUCUGUGAUUGUUUUAUUUCCUGUGGAAAGUUCUCUUCUCUUUUCUUAUAAUCACUCUAUCCGUUUUCUUAUUUUCCUGUUUGUUUAACUUUGAAACAUUUUCGAUACCUACUGUUUUGAAAUUCAAACUUAAGUACCUGAUUGUAUUAAGUGUUGUAGAGAAUGAUCUAGGAAAACAAAAGUUCAGUUUCAAAAUGCAUGUUUGAAGAAUGAUAUAUUCAUUCAUUGAUAAAGUUGAUGAAAUAUGCCUCGUCUAACAUGCAAGAAUGUGAACCGACGUAUAGUUUCAUGUAUUUCUGAGACAAUAUAACUUAAUUAAAGUUAUAUCUGGCAAGCAAUAGUAGUAGACAUGUUGGAGACUUGCUUCAAGAUGGUUAAUUUUCCCCUCUCUUUGUUUUGUAUGACAAGAGCUCAUGUUUUGAAAUUUUAUAUUUGAAUACUUUAAAACCUCAGAUUCUGUAUUUGUCGGGAUGUUGUUUAGCCCAACUCUAACUGAAAGGGAAUAUACAUGUUUUUGUGCUUUUAAGAAAACUUUCUGCGGAUGAUGUAGACAUUUGACUGACUGUAUCUUUGUACAUAUGCCUUUAAAGUUCUAAUUGUAUUGAAAUCUGAGAUAAACAAAUAAUUUCUUUUUUUGCCUCGUUACUUUGGGAUUCCCUUUGUGUAAAUUAUCAUGAUUGUCAUUGCCCCAAAAUAAGCAUUCAUUGUGUUGGGGUGAAUUUAAAAAGUGAAUAGAAACUCAAUUAUGUUUUUACAAGGACAGUAGUCGAGGGCAUGGCGACUACAGACAUGCCAACCGUUCCCUUUUAAGAGUAUUGUUCCUCUUUUUUGCUAUAAAUACACUAAUACUUUUUUGUAUGAUUUGUUACUUUUUUUUUAAAUUUCUGAUCAUGGAGUAUGUAUUAUACACAGCGUGUGACACUAGCGCCGGUCCGACAGUCCCAGACUGGUAAAAAUCACUGUCGGGCCAGUAACUUGUUGCAUGAAAAGAACAAGUAAAUUCUUGCCUACGAGCACAUGUUUAAACGGAUGAAUUAUCAAGUUUUCAAGUAGUAAUUUCACAUGUUUUUUCACCGAUCUCACUACAACAGGCUAGUGAUUGUUACUUUGAGACAAAUUUUUAAAAAUACUCUUUUUUGUC